AUGUUUGAUCUUUUUGAUUUUGAUAGCUCAAAUCCUUUUAAAAGAUUGAGGGAUGAAGAAAGAGAGUUAGAUAAUUUCCAAGCACGGCCUCAGGGUAGAUUUGCUACACAACUUGUACAAAUAUACUUUGUGAGAAUGUCAAAGCUUGAAUCGGAGAAUGAGCGGAAGAGUGGCACGGAGGUCUACAGUUUGGAGGAUUUAAUGCCUUCUUUGGCGGAGCAAGUGGGUUCUGUAGCUCAUCAUUAUCAAUUAAUCGAAGAGGAAAAUGUUCCAAUAUCAUUUGCCCGUACCAAUGCUCUUUUGAAACCUCCUAAGAGAGCAUUCAUAGCAACUGUAUUAGCUAUACUGAUACAAACUUUUGUAUUUCACGAAUGUGGCGUUUAUAUAUCGGUUUCUAAAUUUGAUGCUUGGUUUAAUGGUUUUUCUCGUGUUGGGGGAAUUCCAAUAUCGCGUUGUUGGUUAGAUACGAAAGCGUAUGUUGCCAAAUGUAUUGCACAAAAAACACGAAUUGCUGUGUUUGGUCAGGAGACUAUUUGGAAAUACUUCAAUAAUAUUCAAGAACUACAUUGCCUAGGCGACAGGGUUUUGUGGAUGAUUUUAAGAAGUGCCAACUAUCAGCAUUUGCAGUUAAAUCAAAAAGAAAAGUUGAAUUUUGUUUCCUUAGUUAACGAAACUUCCAAUGAAGAGGUUUGUAACCGGUACUGUGCUCCAAAAGAUACUUUUUUGUGGCGCAUAUGGUAUAAGGCUUUUAGUCGCUUAUUUUCUUGUUGGGCUAAUCCCACCGAAAAUAAACUUCUGACUGCGGAGAAAUUGUUUGUGGAAAGUAUUGAAAAUAGCAAAUGCCUUAUUUUAAAUUUGACUAGAAUAAUAAAUGGAAAUGCCAACAAUACUGAAUCGACUUAUUUGGUUAAUGAGUUGUAUCCUCUUUGUGGCGGAACCUCUGGGGAAUUUGCUGCAAUUUGUCUCUUUUUGGCAUUAAAGUCUUCACUUGUUUUGCAUUUUGCGGGCGAGCCGACAACGAAAUUGGGUGUAGAAUUCUCUGCUGAGGUUAUGUUGAGACUAUUCAAUGAACUUAUUCGGUACUAUCUUUUCCUCUCUCCUUCUUCUCGUCACUACCAUUUACUGGAUAUAUGUCAGGCUUUAUGGCAAAGCCCUGGAGUUUCAUUUUCAAAAUCAAUGUUUAUUCAAUCUUUUGCAUCUCAACGGCAAAAGCGAGCCCCUGUAGUAUAUCAAGAGGAUGUUUUUAAACAUCCAACCAUGACAACAUGUACUUUGUAUAAUGAGGGAAGCGAAGUACAAUCAAAACGUUUUUCUAUUUGUAUUUUAGAUGAACUUCGGUCUGAGGAAGGAGUUAAAAAAUUGGUGAAAUGCCUUGAGUUUCAGCGAAAAAACAUAACCACCGUUUGCGAUCUGUCGAGGGUCAAACAAGCUAAGUCUCAUGAAGUCUCGGUUGCUUGCUCUUCUGGAAAAUUGAUUAAGAAGCCUUUUUUUGAAGAAAAUAUAAUUGCCUCUUGGUGCACAAUUGAGUUGCCCAAAGAGUCUGAAGAAGAAAGUUCUUUUAUUGAGAAGUUCUUGAGGAAUGGUGCGGAUUCUUUGGUCAAGAAACGAGUUCAUGAUGCCAUGUCAAAGUUGAACAGUGCUAAUUAA